AUUCCCAUCAAUCAAGCGAAGAAUCCGAUUCCGCAUUCAUUACUUAAACAUGCUCACAAACAGUGGAAUGUAACAUUGAUUGAUAGAAAUAGAAGUUCCCUCUCCUCGCCUCUUCUACUUCAUCAACACUGCUCUGCUCAAUCGACAGAUCAUGGCCAAUGUGGUGGAACUGAAAGUGGGCCUCCAUUGCGACGAAUGCAUCAAGAAGAUCCUCAAGGUGAUCAAGAACAUGGAAGUCGAUACAUACGACGUGGAUACUCAGCUCAACAAGGUCAUGGUGACCGGGAAUGUAACAUCAGAGGAAGUCAUCAGAGCUCUUCACAAGAUCAAGAAGCAGGCUACCCUUUGGGACGGCGGUCAAACGAACUGAUUGUAUGGACCGGUUAUCUAGUUCAAUCAGAGAUUGCGCGACUUGUUCGAUAUCAUGAGCUUGUGACAUUAAAGAUCCGAGAUCGUCUUGUAUUAUUUGACUAGACAAAUUGCUUGUAACACGUUAAACUCACCGAUGAAAUAAUCCUGCAGCUGUUCUACCCA